AUGCCUCCACGAGGGAGAGCCCCCAGAGGUCGCGGCCGACGUCCUCCUGGUCGCAAUGCCUUUGCCACCUCGCGCCUGCAGGAAAUUGAAUCAGACCCGUCGUCUGCCGAAGAAGAUGCGGCCAGCAAUCAAUUGGACGAGAACAUGGGCGAAGACAUCCCGUUGGAUGAGGGAUCUUCCAGCAGUGACGAGGAAGACCAAAGUACCGGGCGUCCUUACAAUGAACUACUCGAACUACUCCACGCCAACUCAGACUCCAAAGGACCAGCCCGGAAGAGGAGAAAGGUCGCUAACGAAGGGAACUCGGAAGAAAUCCAGUCUACGGUUGACCCGUCGGAUGAUUUGGAACACGAUAACGAUCUGCAAGCCCAGACACCUUCGGAUGACGAAGAGGAUGCCCAGGAUGUUGACGACGAUGACGCGGUCGGUCCUUUCGAAAAGCACUUCAAUAUCUCCGAGGGAUUGGCCGAUCUGGUCAUUAAGGUAGAGUCGGCCCGAUCAAAAAAAUGGGCCUCUGCAAAAAAGGAGCAAGAUGGACUUCGACUAGUGCAUACAACCCCCGACGGGACAGAAACCGGGAGUGCAUCUUUCCUGCCCGCGAUGAAGAGCACUGUCCCUCUCAAAAUCAAAAACAAGUUGAAGCCUCGUGCCACCGAGCUCCUGCCCACCAUUACCGGCCAGGCCCAGCAUCUAGCAUCAUAUGUGUUUGACUAUCAAGAUGUUCUUUAUGGAUCCCGAACGCCCUCCACCGCCGACACCAUGCGCGAUCUUCUGGCCCUGCACACUGUCAACCAUGUGGUGAAAACCCGAGACCAAGUGCUCAAAAACAACGCUCGUCUGGCCAAGGACCCAGACACCGAUAUCGAAUGCCGCGAUCAAGGGUUCACCCGGCCCAAGGUGCUUUACAUUCUACCCACGCGGCAGGCAUGUGUGCGCGCUGUCGAUGCCAUCACUCGAUUCUACCAGCCUGAACAACAAGAAAACAAAAAGCGCUUUGUCGAUGCAUUCUCGGGGCCCAAGGACGCAUGGGAGAAUAAAACCGAAGACUUCCGGGAGCUGUUUGGCGGCAACGACGAUGACAUGUUCCGGUUGGGGCUGAAGUUUACCCGCAAGACGGUCAAGUACUUCUCGCAGUUCUACAAUUCCGAUAUCAUUCUAGCGAGUCCUCUCGGUCUGCGGACAAUCAUGGACCAAGCCGAUGCCAAAAAGCGAGACUAUGACUUCCUGUCUUCAAUCGAGGUCGUGGUCGUAGACCACGCAGACGCGCUUCUCAUGCAGAACUGGGACCACGUCGACUACAUCUUCCAGCAUCUGAACUUACAGCCUAAGGAAGCACACGGGUGCGAUUUCAGCCGUGUGCGCAACUGGUACUUGGACAAUCAGGCGCGACAAAUCCGGCAGACCAUCGUUCUGGCAUCCUAUCUCACGCCCGAGAUCAACUCGCUGUUCUCGUCACACAUGCAGAACAUCUCCGGACGAGUGAAGAUGACGCCGCCGUAUGCGGGUGCAAUCACAGAGCUACCGUUGCCGGUCUCGGUCAAGCAGACAUUCUCCCGGAUCGACAGCCUGUCGCCUGCCAAGGACCCAGACGCGCGGUUCAAACACUUCACGACCACCAUUCUCUCGACUUUGGUGCGCAACAUCGCCGGCCGCGGCAAAGACGGUGGCGGCACACUGAUCUUCAUCCCAUCCUAUCUGGACUUUGUGCGCGUGCGCAACCACUUUGCCACGUCGGCGCAGACCACCAACGUCUCGUUUGGAGCCGUCUCGGAAUACACCGAGGCACGGGAUGUGGCGCGUGCCCGCAGCCAUUUCAUGACAGGCCGUCAUUCGGUGCUGCUGUACACCGAGCGUGCGCACCAUUUCCGACGCUAUCCGAUCCGAGGCGUGCGACGCGUUGUGAUGUAUGGCCUCCCGGAGAACCCGGUGUUUUACCGAGAGCUCGUGGGAUUCCUCGGCCUGGAUCCGGCAGCCGUGGUGGAGGCAGCCGAAGGCGGCGUGCGGGCGCUGUUUUCCAAGUGGGAUGCAUUGAAGCUCGAGCGAGUGGUGGGGACAUCGCGGAUCGGGAAUAUGAUGCGCGAGAAGGGCGGUGAUACCUUUACAUUUGUAUAG